UCCUAUUACUUGAGAGCACGUUGCCCAGCCAUCAACGGUUGCGCAUCCCCUUUUGGGCAGAGUUUCUAAUACUUCUCGUCACUGACAUCAAAAUGAGCGUCAGAGAUCGAAUGAAAGGCCCAGCUAUGAAGGCCCUUUGCAUCGCUGCUCUCGCGGGCACGGGCGUUGCAAUCACGCUCGCACUUGCUCGGCGACGACAAGCUUGGCUAUGCUACUUGUGCCGCAAUAAGCCAUGCCGGCAUUCAGACUCAAAAUCCUGCAAGAACAAGGCCUGCGAGACGGAAGGCGGCAACGAGAGUGGUUCCGCAUCGAAUUGCGACCCGACGAAGGCAACAUCGUUCAAUGAGCAGUUGAACAAGGCUUAUGCGCCCGCUGGCGCCACCACCACCACCGCCAGCCCCAGCGCUAGCGCCAUCUGCAGCCCUGACAUCGGCAGCGACGGCACCAGCGACGGCGCCAACGGCUCAGCUGACACUCACCUGAGCGUCAGUACUGGCUCGCGUGCAUCCUCAUCGGAGGCCUCCAGCGGCGCCAGCGGGCUACAGGGCCCGGCACCCAGUCUGUCGCAUGCUGAUGAGCAUGCACGCCCCUCCGACAUUAUGACUCACCAGGCCACGACUGCUGCUGGUGAGCUGACGCCGGGCCCCGAGCAAGAGUCCAGCUCGGCCCGCUCCAAAUCCUCCAAGGGCAGCUGCUGCUCCGCCUUCAGCUCUGACUGCACGGCGUCCAGCAGUCUCAGCAGCGACGAGGAGCGCUCCGCCUCCCAGCAGCAGGACAACACCGCUGGCAGCGAUUGUGCCUCCACCUCCACCCGCUCCGACGGCGUGUGCAGCAGCAAGGAGGUCAAUGCUGACGUCGCCAAGGACGGCCUCAAGCGCGCUGAAUUCAAGGGCAAUCUGGGGAAGGGCGCCUUUGGCAACGUCGAACUAGUGGCCAUCUCCCUGCCCGACGGCACUGUCCUGGAGGCCGCGCGCAAGACCGUGUUGCCGUGCACGGGCGGCACGGCCGAAUUGUGCUGCUUGCUGCAGCAGGAGCUAGACGGACUGGCUGCCGCCGAGGGCUGCCAGUACGCGGUGCAGUGCCUGGGCUUCCGGAUGCCGACUGCGGAGGGCGAGCCGGCGGAGCUGCUGCUGACCUACGCCAAGGGCGGCUCCAUGGAAGAUUUCCUGGCCAAGACGUGUCAGGAGCUGUUCAAGAGGCUUGUCGCACCCGGCCGGCCCCGGCGCACCGGCAAGAACAAGGACAAGUGCGAGCUGCUGCCGUACCCGGGCAGCACGCUGACGGACGAGGCCGACAUGCGGGGCAUGCUGCUGGCCAUGAUGCACACCGUGAAGCACAUGAACAGCCGCGGCUACGCGCAUUUCGACCUGAAGCCCGCCAACCUGCUGUUUGAUACAGCGCCGGAUGGCAGCAAGGUCUUCCGCGUGUGCGACUUCAACCUGGCAACCAAGCUCGACAGCAACGGCCACGUCGAGCGCGCGCCGGGCGGCACGCCCGGCUUCUGGGCACCGGAGGUGUACUUCCAGCUGCAGGGCGACACGCCCAAGUACCCCAUCACCAAGGCUGCUGACAUUGCCAGCGCCGGCCUGGUGCUGGCGGACGCCGCCGGGCUGCACUGUCUUGGAGUCUGCAGCACGCAGGCCUACCUCAGAUACGAGCGCGACCUGCCCCGCCGCACGCCGCCGGCGCUCAAGGAGCUGAUUGAGUGGAUGGUGGCUGAGGACCCCGCCGCCCGCCCCACGCCAGACCAGGUCCUGGCGCACCGGUGGAUGACGGAGCCGUGAGGGCCUGACGGAUGGUAUGGCUUGGCUGCGUGUUUUUCCUUUUUGCCUACAGCAGCGGUUGCGUGGCCAGCGCCGUGAUUGGAGGUAGAUGUAUUGCGUGUAGCGGUUCAUUCAUUAACAGCUUGUGACUGUGUGCAUGGCCAUUCAAAGCAAGCAUAUGCUGCGACUGUGAUUUGCAUGUUGUUUUGCAUGACAGGAAGUUGGGAACCCAAGACAGGACCUGCUGCUUGCUGCAACGGUUGGGUCUGAACAAGUGCGCAUUAUACUGGCACCAGGAGAGGCAACGAAAGUCACGUGAUGGAGCAAAGCAAGUGGCAUAGCUGCGAAGCGCAGUGUGACGGGCGUGCAUGACAGGAUCCAUCCAGUAACAGCGCGGCAUGAUGUGAGCGAGGGUGGUGCGGAAGGAGCAUUUGCAACGUCGCGGUGAGACGGCGGCCCCGCCCUGCCUUCUUCUCUUCAGUGUCACUCCUGUGAACGUGAACGAAUUGUACCAGGGUCUAUGCACUGUUUGUUCGUCCCCGGAACGUCA